GCUGGGGCCUGGGAGGGCAGCGAGUCGGCUCUGCCCAGAGAGGCGCUGGUGGUGCUCUGCAGGAGCUGCUGCUGAACAAUCCCUCAUUUCUGCAAGAUGAGCAUCGUUGGAGAGCUGAUUGCGCCAAUGGAUGUAGGCCGGUGUGUGGGCAUCCAGAUAACCAACAACACCAGAGAUGUGACCCUAGAGUACCCCAGGACUUACUGUUUCAGCGGCUGGGCCAUGAUAGAGCCUGUGUCCCGCAUCCCCCCCGGCUCUGCAGGGAACAGCGUGUUUGUGAAAACAAGCUACACGGCCUGUGGUAGCGUCGGGGUGCUGAGCUACGAGUCCGACGUCUUCACCCUGGCCAUCAUGUUCUCCAACCCCUUCGACCGCCUACGCUACACCUCUGAGUUUGCCAUCCAGAUCUUCACUGGCAGGAAGCACUUCCACAGCAUGGAGCACCUCUACCACUACAUGUACUAUGACGGCCCUCCCUAUAUAUGCGAGUACUACCGGAAAGUGAAGCUCGAGGUCACGGAUGGCCAACUGGAGGUGAUCAACGAGGAGAUCCAGGUGAAGGCCAGCAUGUCCAGCAAAGAUAAGUCCAUCAUUCAAGUGCAGAUUGAGCAAAAAGAUCGCUGCCCAUUCUAGCCGCCCACUCAGCCGACCCAGGCAGCCCAGGGACAUGCCCCAGUGUGACAGAUAAGGGGGCUGCUGGUGGGAAAUAGUGACUCUCUUUCUCCCAGCUUGAGUAGACAGCGAUGUGCUAGCUCUGCUCGAGUUAGUCACUAAAAAUGGCCAGAGCGGUGUGGGUGGAGGGAAGAGCUAGUCACCCAAGUGCACUCUCACCUGACCU